AUGACCCUCAGUCCUAUACAUAUUUUAGGGAAAGAUGGUGGAGGGAGCUUGAAGAACACACUUUCAGUAUCUUCUAUACACAACAGAUCAUUGGGUCCGGAUUGUAUCAGUGAAGAUAUGAAUAAUCCUCGAAUACUCAUUACUGGAGCGCUUGGCCAACUUGGAUCUGGUUUAGCAAAAAUGCUGAGAGCAAAGUUUGGACCAGAAAAUGUUAUCAUGUCUGAUAUUAAUAAGGCACCUAAACAUAUUCUUGAAGCUGGUCCUUUUGUAUAUGCUGAUAUAAUGGAUCUUAAAGGUUUAAAAGAGAUAGUAGUCAAUUAUGAAGUAGAUUGGUUGAUCCAUUUUGGAGCGUUAUUAAGUGCGAUCGGAGAAGCUAAUGUACCACUUGCUAUGAAGAUUAAUAUUGAAGGUGUUCACAAUAUAUUAGAAGUUGCUAAACAGUACAAUUUAAAAUGUUUAAUACCCAGCACAAUAGGUGCUUUUGGACCUGAUUCUCCCAGAGCUCUGACACCAGAUUUAACAAUACAGCGUCCAAGAACAAUUUAUGGUGUUUCUAAAGUACAUGCUGAACUAAUGGGAGAGUAUUAUCAUCAUAAGUAUGGUCUAGAUUUCCGUAGUUUACGCUAUCCUGGAGUUAUAUCAGCUGAUACUAAACCUGGUGGAGGAACUACAGAUUAUGCUGUUGAAAUAUUCCAUGAUGCGAUAAAAACAGGAAAGUUUCAGUGCUUUUUAAAACCAGACACCAGAUUGCCUAUGAUGUAUGUAAAGGAUACAUUAAGAUCCACUGUGAAGUUUCUACGUGUGCCUAGUGAUCAAUUAACUAUGAGAACAUAUAAUGUGACAGCUAUGAGCUUUACACCAGCUGAGUUGGCUGAAGAAGUGAGAAAAUUUAUGCCUAAUUUGGAAGUGACAUACAGAAUUGAUCCUGUGAAACAAGCUAUAGCUGACCAGUGGCCUCAAGUUUUGGAUGAUAGCAGAGCUAGAGCUGAUUGGGGUUGGCAGCAUCAAUAUGAUUUAUCUACAAUGUGUCAAGCUAUGUUUGCUAAACUGAAGCCUGACAGGGUUUUGUUUGAAACUAACUAUUAUCGUGUUUAUUAG